AUGGUGGAAACGGAGCUGCGAAAUUCCUUGCCAGGGCAGAGCUUGCUGGUGCCAUGCGACCGGCAGCUGAAGAUGGGUACACAAGGUCUGUGUAUUUCCUCCACAACGGUCUGCGAUGUCAAAAGCCAGGGUAACACUCAGGAGAUGUCGCUGGACGGCACGUCGAAGUUUGAGAAGCUGCUGGACAAGUCCGCAGAAGGCCCCUCCAGUCUCCAAGGGCGCCAGGCCAAAUUGGAGCAGCUGGAGCAGUCGCUGGCAGCAACAUCAAAGCUGCUUCCGAACGUUCUUGAAGCUUGUGUGGAGAACACUGAUGCGGCUACGCUUCAGAAGACAGUGAAGCUUCCUUCGUCGACGCGCUCGCCUCCAAGCACUUUGAAGGAGGCCUUGUCGGUCCUGAAGGAAGCAGCUGGCGUAUCCGGUGUUCAGCUUACAGAAGCACCGGUGCCUGACCUCAAAGGCGCCGACGAGCAGACAAAGACUCUGAAGGGAAACAUUGCCGGCGAGGCAGUGAACCAAGACGUUGACUUGGACAGCUCUCUGAUGGAAGCAUCGAAGGUAGAGGAGCCAUCCACCUCCUUUCAAGCUUCCGGGGGGCUUCUGGAUGCUGACGUGGCGGAGCUGCGAGCCCUGCUGGAAACCGCCAUCCAGGAGUCUGGCAGCAACGAGGUUGCUUUGGACGACGACCGCACUGUCAAGUUCGAGGUUCCAGCCGAGCGCGUGCUGGUCAUCGCCAAGGCUGGUGGAGACCUGGAUGUGACGCAGUUGAUGACGGCUCGGGAGGUGAUGGACCAUGUGCUGGCAUGUGCAGCUGUUCACCUCUCAUGGCUGGAGGCCUUGCCACACGCUUAUCUAUUCAGCGUGGACGACGGGGCGCAGGCGCAUGCGAUCGACGAGCUCUUGACCACCCAGAUUCCGCUUGAAGUUGAGAAUCAAGAGGUGGAGGUAGGUCUUCUUCCCGUGGCUUUGGGCGGUUCCAACGCGCCACAGAAUGCCUUGGAGUCCGCACUGGCUCGCUUCCCAGUGGCAACUUCCGAGGACCAGGAGGCCAAGCCGUACAAGGUGGUCCUGUGCCACUACUUCGAGAGCUCCGACUACCAUCGAAGGCAGAGGCCGGACAGGAGCCGUGCACUUUCUGGCGGGCGAGUGGCCGCUGCAGCAACGGAAGCUGCUGCCCAUUUGCGCACGAGGCUCCAGGUGUCCGGCCGGGGGAAGUAUGGUCGUGAUGCAAGCGAUUCGAAGUGCAGGCGCCUUCACAGGGCCUUCGCACUUAGCAGCACCACACUGAACAUUCAUCGGCGGACGAAGCAACUACCGCAAGCCCCGGCAAAGAAUGUCGGCAUCUCCGGCCCCUGCCCGGCAGAGGUGACUCCAAGACAGCUGACGCGCGGGAUGGUGCCCGCAGCACUUGCAGAGGAUCUUUACGACUCCUCCCGAUCGCAGAAUUCGCAGAGUGCCGGGCCGUGCCGCAGCCAUUCUGCUUUGUCUUGCGCAUCGUGGAUGGCUUCUUCUGUGGGCGACAGCUUGGAGUUCAGCCGGUCCUCCGUGGGCUAUGCUGUCGGCGAAGAAGGAAAGCUGCAGGAGGCAAGCGUCGGCAGUUCUCCGAGCCGAGGAGGCCAAGAUGCCUCGGUCACGGCGGUAAGUGUGGACAGCACUCAGCUGAAGGCGAAUUUUAAGCCGUCCUCGGCAGUCUCAGCAUUGAUCAUGAAACUUGCAGGCAUUUACCAGCGCUGUGCAGAGCGCCCCUGGGCUUGGACCUGCAGAAGGAACUGCUUGAACUUCUGGGCGGUUUGCCAGGCUGUCGAUGUGCUUGCAUCUCCCCAAUUGUGCAGCAAGCUCGAAGCCAUGAUUCAUCCUCCGGCUAUGGGCGGCCCAGUCCUCAGUGCUCGGGCCAGUCGCAUUCACUUAGACCGGGAUGCGGACAGCAUCCUCGAGGCGAGACGAGCGCGGAAAAGCUCCUUCGACCCGAUGGCGGUCCAGAAGCGAGGCGAUGUGGAUGCCUUCCGAAAGCAGCAAGAGGAAGCUCUGCUCAGGAUGGCCGAGAUGAAGGAGCAGAAGAGACUCGAGAAGAAGCAGAAGAAAAUGGCAGAGAAGGGUGAAAAGCCCAAGAAGGAGAAGAAGGUGAAGAAGAAGAAAGGCAUCCUUUCGGCUUCACUGGGCGCAGCUGCACGGCUCAGCUGGCUGGCUGUCAGCCUUGCAGGCAAGAAGGACAAGAAGAAGAAGGACAAGAAGAAAAAGAAGGAGAAGAAGAAGAAGCUCCUUGGACAGGGCGAGUGUUUCUCAAAGCACCUUAUCUACGUAACAGAACUUCUCUCCGAAGAGCAGGCCGGCAUAGAAUUCGAAGUUGUCUUGUUCCUGCGGUGGUCAUGGAUGGCAUGGUGGGACUUGGAUGAUGGCAAUCAAGUAGCUCCGGGUGACAUAUGCGCUGCAGUCUUCUACUCGCAUCUCAGGACCUACGAGGAUGUGAUGCUGUCGGAUCUGAGUUUGGUGGACUACAUCGCCGUGAACAAGGCGGCGCAGAGCUUCCUGCCCCACACCCAGGGUCGGUACCAGAUGCGGCGCUUCCGCAAGGCCCUGUGCCCGAUUGUUGAGCGCCUGUGCUGUUCGAUCAUGAUGCAUGGCCGCAACAACGGCAAGAAGCUCAUGGCCGUGCGGAUCGUGAAGCACGCUUUCGAAAUCAUCCACCUCCUCACAGACAAGAACCCGAUCCAGGUCUUUGUCGAUGCUGUCAAGAAUGGCGGCCCACGUGAGGACUCCACGCGAGUGGGCUCAGCAGGUGUGGUGCGACGGCAGGCAGUGGACGUGUCCCCGCUGCGCCGAGUUAACCAGGCGAUCUACCUCAUCUGCACCGGUGCCCGCAACAGCGCCUUCCGCAACAUCAAGUCCAUCUCAGAGUGCCUUGCAGACGAGAUCAUGAACGCUGCCAAGGAGUCGUCCAACAGCUACGCCAUCAAGAAGAAGGAGAAUGCUUGCUUGUCCGGCCAACCGCUGAGUGACGUCGAACCUCUCGCGAACCUACGAGCCGUUGGCUCAGAGGGUCCUGUGCGGGACCGUGCACAGUACAGGACCUACGAGGAUGUGAUGCUGUCGGAUCUGAGUUUGGUGGACUACAUCGCCGUGAACAAGGCGGCGCAGAGCUUCCUGCCCCACACCCAGGGUCGGUACCAGAUGCGGCGCUUCCGCAAGGCCCUGUGCCCGAUUGUUGAGCGCCUGUGCUGUUCGAUCAUGAUGCAUGGCCGCAACAACGGCAAGAAGCUCAUGGCCGUGCGGAUCGUGAAGCACGCUUUCGAAAUCAUCCACCUCCUCACAGACAAGAACCCGAUCCAGGUCUUUGUCGAUGCUGUCAAGAAUGGCGGCCCACGUGAGGACUCCACGCGAGUGGGCUCAGCAGGUGUGGUGCGACGGCAGGCAGUGGACGUGUCCCCGCUGCGCCGAGUUAACCAGGCGAUCUACCUCAUCUGCACCGGUGCCCGCAACAGCGCCUUCCGCAACAUCAAGUCCAUCUCAGAGUGCCUUGCAGACGAGAUCAUGAACGCUGCCAAGGAGUCGUCCAACAGCUACGCCAUCAAGAAGAAGGACGAGAUCGAGCGUGUCGCAAAGGCAAACCGUUAA